GCGAGCCGUGGAAAUAAUUUGGAUGUGACUGGAGCCGCUUUCUCGUCUUCCCAUCGCUGUCGCCACCGCCACCCACAGCGCCCGGGUCCGGGAGUUUCCCUAAGGCAGCACACCAACCCCGCCGGCGUCCCGCUCUUUCCCUCCUACCCGCUCCUGUAAUCCUUGCCGUGUAUGCGAGUUUUUUUUUUGUUGUUGUUGAUACAUUCUCAUUAAAGAUGUCGGCGCCACUCGGGCCUCGGGGCCCUCGCCAGCCUGGCCCUGUUUCUCCUCAUCCUCAUCCGCCUAUUCUUGCCUCACCGGCUCCUCCUUCUGCCGACAUGCCCGGGAUGCCGGACCUCAGCCACCUCACCGAGGAGGAGAGGAAGAUAAUUCUGGCCGUAAUGGACAGACAACGCCAGGAGGAAGAGAAGGAACAGUCAAUGCUCAGGGUCAAAGAAGAACAAAAACCUCAACAGCCACAGUGGUUUCCCUUUAGUGGGAUCACUGAACUGGUAAAUAACGUUCUUCAGCCACAGCAAAAACAACAAAAUGAGAAGGAACCCCAGGCGAAAUUGCACCAGCAGUUUGAGAUGUACAAGGAUCAGGUAAAGAAGAUGGGCGAUGAAGCCCAGCAACAACAGGAACAGAAGACUAGUGAUGCACCCACCUGUGGAAUCUGUCACAAGACCAAGUUUGCCGAUGGCUGUGGCCACAUCUGUUCAUAUUGCCAAACAAAAUUCUGUGCUCGGUGUGGAGGACGGGUGUCACUGCGAUCGAAUAAGGAAGACAAAGUGGUGAUGUGGGUGUGUAACUUGUGCCGAAAACAACAGGAAAUCCUCACAAAAUCAGGGGCCUGGUUCUACAGCAGUGGACCAAACACAGCGCAGGAGACCAGCCUGACAGAGUCCACGAUGGGACUGGCCCACACGAAUGAAGAAGCACCACAGGAAAAGAAAGCAAAACUACAGGAGCAUUCCCAAUUCCAAGGUCCUUUACCCUCAGGGGACAUUUCUACACCAGCGUCAGACAAAAACAGACCUCAAGGGCUCACGCGACAAGAUACAAUCAAAAAUGGUUCAGGGGUGAAGCAGCAUUCAAUGCAGACUGCCAGUGAGAUACCCACGGACAGGAAAAGGAGCCCAUCAACAUCCAGGGAACACAAUCGGAAAUACCACCAGAAGGACGACAGAGCAGAUCCAUCACAGUAUGCACUUUUGGAAAGUGCAAUGCAGAGGUCGCCGACAGAAUAUGCAGACCGUGACAAGCGAUCGUUGCGAGGCUCGUGGGCUUACGAUGACUCUGAACACAUUGAGUACAGAGAAAGCAGGGACUCCACACGCAGAAGUCUAAGGCGGUCUCAAGAGUUCCGAGAUUUAGUAGAUGAGGAUAUUGAUACACAAAGUAGAGAUGAAUAUGAGCGACAGAGACGAGAGGGAGAGUAUCAGACUCGUUAUCGUAGUGAUCCAAAUUUGGCACGUUAUCCUGUCAAACCACAACCGUACGAGGAGCAAAUGCGAAUGCAUGCUGAGAUGUCUCGGGUACGUCAUGAACGAAGACACAGUGAUGUUUCUUUGGCAUACACAGAGAUGGAUGAUGUACAAAUUUCAAAGCAUAGAAUGGAAAGGCAGUCACGACAACGUUCUGCAUGUGAUCGCAGGGUCCCUGUGCAAAGUCAGCGUUCUUACUCAAUGGAGAGAACUCAAGACCUACAAGGGCCUAGUUCUAGUUGGCAAAGGACCCCAAAUCACAGUCCACCAACACCCAGGCGAAGUCCAAUUCCAUUUGAUAGGGGUGACGUUCGUCAUUCUGAUUCAAUGCGGAAACAACAACACUUGGAUCCAAGUUCUGCAGUUAAGAAAACUAAACGGGAAAAGAUGGAAACCAUGCUGCGAAACGACUCGCUCAGCUCAGAUCAGUCGGAAUCAGUGAGGCCACCACCACCAAAGCCACAUAAAACAAAGAAAGGAGGUAAAAUGCGGCAGGUCUCGUUGAGCAGCUCAGAGGAAGAGCUUGCAUCUACUCCAGAAUAUACCAGCUGUGAUGACGUAGAAAUUGAGAGUGAAAGUGUCAGUGAAAAAGGGGACGUGGAUUACUACUGGCUGGACCAUGCAUCUUGGCAUAGCAGUGAGGCGUCCCCAAUGUCUUUGCAUCCAGUGACAUGGCAACCGUCCAAAGAUGGAGAGCGCCUAAUUGGUCGGAUAUUGUUAAACAAACGAUUAAAAGAUGGCACUGUGCCUAGAGAUUCUGGAGCACUCCUGGGUCUAAAAGUUGUAGGUGGAAAGAUGACUGAAUCUGGCAGAUUAUGUGCAUUCAUUACCAAGGUGAAGAAGGGGAGUUUAGCAGACACUGUGGGGCAUCUUAGAGCAGGUGAUGAAGUACUUGAAUGGAAUGGUAGAUCAUUACAAGGAGCUACCUUUGAAGAGGUGUAUAACAUCAUUUUCGAAUCUAAACCUGAGCCACAAGUAGAACUGCUGGUUUCCAGGCCUAUUGGGGAUAUUCCCCGGAUACCAGACAGCACACAUGGACAGCUUGAAUCAAGUUCUAGCUCCUUUGAAUCCCAGAAGAUGGAGCGCCCUUCUAUCUCUGUCACUUCUCCCAUGAGCCCAAGCAUGUUGCGAGAUGCUCCACAAUUCUUGCCUGGACAGCUUUCAAUUAAACUCUGGUAUGACAAAGUUGGCCACCAACUUAUUGUUACAGUACUUGGAGCAAAAGAUCUUCCUUUUAGGGAAGAAGGGAGGCCAAGGAAUCCUUAUGUCAAAAUUUACUUUCUUCCUGACCGAAGUGACAAAAGCAAGCGAAGAACAAAAACCGUGAAGAAAACACUUGAACCCAAGUGGAACCAGACAUUCAUUUAUUCUCCAGUUCAUCGGAGGGAAUUUCGGGAACGGAUGCUGGAAAUCACCCUGUGGGACCAAGCUCGUGUUCGAGAAGAAGAGAGUGAAUUUUUAGGAGAGAUUCUCAUAGAAUUGGAAACGGCUUUGCUGGAUGAUGAAGCGCACUGGUACAAACUCCAGACCCAUGAUGUUUCAUCUAUGCCCCUUCCACAGCCUUCACCCUACACACCACGCAGACACCCACAUGGUGAAAGCCCCACGAGGAGAUUACAAAGAUCACAACGCAUCAGUGACAGCGAAGUUUCCGACUAUGAUUGCGAUGAUGGAAUUGGGGUUGUUUCUUCAGAUUAUCGGCACAAUGGGAGAGAAAUUCAGAGUUCAACAUUAUCAGUUCCAGAGCAAGUAAUGUCAUCAAACCAUUGUUCACCAUCAGGCUCACUACAUCGAGGGGACAAUAUGGGCAGGACCCGUUCUCGGUCCCCCAGUGUUCCGCCCUCUCAAAGAAGCUCAGAAUUGGGUCCUCGAAGCAGCCGCUCUUCUCAACAGUACAAUACCAUCAGCAGAAUGGACAGGCACAGGAUAAUGGAUGACCACUUUUCUCCAGAGAGGAACCGCGAGCCAUCCGAUAGACAGGAAUAUCAAAGAUCCAGAUCAUCAGAGCAACGGCCUGUGCUCGAGCGGAUGAACUCCCGCUCCAGAUCCUCUGAACGUGCCGGAUCAAACGUCAUGAGAUCGAUGCCUUCACUAACAUCUGGAAGAUCUGCCCCUCCCUCACCUGCACUAACGAGGUCACAUCCCUGUAGCGGAUCGGUGCAAACCAGUCCAACCAGUACACCAAUGAUAGGACGGAGGGGCCGACAGUUGCCACAACUUCCAUCAAAAGGAACUCUGGAGAGAAGUUCAAUGGACAUGGAAGAAAGAACUCGCCAAAUGAAAAUGAAAAUGAACAAGUACAAGCAGGUGGCAGCAUCAGAUUCCAGGCUGGAACAGGAAUACCAUUCUAAGCAUCGGUUGGGACGAGACACACACCGAGGGUCAGAUAAUAUCUCUAACAAGUCAUCAGACAGCGAUGUAAGUGACGUGUCUGCCGUAUCAAGGACAAGUAGCGCUUCACGAAUGAGCAGUACAAGUUACAUGUCUGUGCAGUCUGAGCAUCCUCGAACAACCAGGAAGAUCAGCAAACAGAUGCCGACCUCAGGAAAGAAUAUGAUGAAAAGCACCAGUGUGAUCGGAGAUAUGUACAGCAUAGAGAAGAACGAUGGCAGCCAAUCUGACACAGCUGUGGGCACUGUUGCCGCCGGUGGCAAAAAACGAAGAUCCAGCAUCGGCGCCAAAAUGGUAGCUAUCGUUGGUCUCUCGAGGCGUAGCCGUAGCACUUCACAGCUCAGUCAAACAGAGGUUGGAGGGAAAAAACUCCGAAGUACAAUCCAAAGGAGCACUGAAACUGGGUUAGCAGUUGAAAUGAGAAAUAGGAUGACACGGCAACCAAGUCGUGAAUCUACCGAUGGAAGCAUGAACAGUUACAGUUCGGAAGGAAACCUUAUCUUUCCUGGUGUUCGAUUGGCAUCGGACAGUCAGUUCAGUGAUUUUCUGGAUGGCCUUGGUCCAGCGCAGAUGGUUGGACGUCAGACCCUUGCCACACCAUCCAUGGGUGACAUCCAGAUCGGUAUGAUGGAUAAGAAAGGGCAAUUAGAAGUAGAGGUUAUCCGAGCCCGAGGCUUGAUGGGGAAACCUGGCUCCAAAGCUUUACCUGCACCGUAUGUUAAAGUUUAUCUAUUGGAAAAUGGUGUCUGCAUAGCCAAAAAGAAAACAAAAGUGGCACGAAAAACACUAGACCCUCUGUACCAGCAACAGCUGCAGUUUGAAGAUAGCCCCCAAGGAAAAGUUCUUCAGAUAAUUGUGUGGGGUGAUUAUGGGCGAAUGGACCACAAAUCUUUCAUGGGCGUUGCACAGAUCCUACUGGAGGAGCUUGACCUGUCCAACAUGGUGAUCGGCUGGUACAAACUCUUUCCCACUUCCUCACUAGUUGAUCCAACUUUGGCCCCACUGACAAGAAGAGCUUCCCAAUCAUCACUUGAGAGUUCAUCUGGACCUUCUUAUGCUCGUUCAUAGCAGUUGUGAAAGUGUUGCGAUAGCAACUAGCAUUCAGCUCGCAGGUCGCAAGCCCUGGUUACACUGCAUGCUUGAUGUUGUGUCUUCUGAGCCUGUUCCUAGGGAUUAAAAGCGUUCCUGUGUUCUCAGAGGAGACUGCACACAUUGUGCCCUGAGAAGGUCCUUAGGGAAGGAGUGGAGUUUUGCAGAAAUUAUAUGGUUGUUGGAAUUAAAUGACAAUUUUUUUUGUCCAAUCAGAAGCCAUGGAUUAAAAUCAAAUCAGUAAGAAACUAUUAAUUCACACAGCAAACACCCUAAUUUUUAAAUGAACCAUUCUCUUUUUGUUCUCGAUCCUUCUUGAAUCGCCUGGUUCUCCUACCCCACCUGAUUGGUUCCUAUAAGCAACGACCACUGAUGUUAUGAAGGCCAGCUGGUUGUUAGCUCUGUGAGCCAACAUGGAAGCCUCAUUGUGAGGAAGGUUGGAAAUAGUGUCCAGUAAUGACUACACACAUCAUCAGAUGGGGCAAAGCAGAAAGGAGUCAGCUGAGCAAAACUGUACAGAACAAGAGAUUUACAUUUUUUUAAAAUGCAAAACAUAAAGAUGUGGUACUGUCAUUCAAAACCAACUUGGAAGCUUCAGAAAGAUUCCACAGUGAUUCCCAAGGGGAGAGGGCUAUAUGCUCUAAUAUCAUUGUUUCUCUGCUGAUAUACUGUAUGAAAUUGAAAAAAAAUGCAUGGACACCAAUUUAGCUAAACCUAAACAGAUAAAAAAAAACAUUUAAAAUUAUUUUCAAGGCUGAAACUUGCAAAAAAAAACAGCCAUUUUCAACAAUUUAUAUUAUUUUUUAAAAAUGUUUCACCAGUGCAUGGUUUUAUGGGGGAGUGAAUGCAACAAUACAAUACAAUUACACCAUGUUCCCAUAUUCAGAGUAAAAUCAUUCACGAGUCUGUCUUUUGCGGACUAAGAAAUUCUUAAGGAAGGACUUGUCUGAAUACACGAUUUCAACAUGACCUUAAAAAGUGUCAUCUUGCAGACAUGGUUAAAUUAAUGACACAGACCUUCAAAGUCGGAUAUUAAUCACAGAUGACACAUGCUGCUCUGUCCCUUUUACUUGGGUAGUUUAUCGUAUGCUCUGAGUAUGACCUCUGUGUCUCUUGCCACUGAAGCCCCUCAUCCGGGUUAAAGGUUGCAGAGCGUUUGUGCAUUUUGAUUCCUUGGAUAGAGUAUACAUUUUAACAACAAAUAAAAAGAAAUGAUAUGAUUUGCAAGCAUGUUGAAAGAAUUUUUGCAACAUGGCUUGGGCACACACUGCAGUAAUUCAGCAUGCAUUUGACAAACAAAAUUUUUGCAGCAUCCUUUAAUUGUACAGUGCAUGAAUGACAUAGAACUUAUUUACAUUUUCUCAUCUUAAAUUGAAUUCUACAGCAAAUAAAGGAAUCGUGUGCUCAUUGUUCAGAAAAAAAAAUAGUUUCUAGCAGGAUCCAACUUGUACAUACUGUAUGAAUAAGACAUUUUUCUCUGAAAUUAAGUAGGAAGUAUUGACAGAGGACAAAUCAAAUAAUUUGGUAUAGGAUCAAAUAAUUAUUUCACAAGUCUCCUCUACCAACCAGGUAUAGAAAUCAUCCAAUCAGACGUUCAGUUUUGUGGGCUUGAAAAUCUAAAGUUCCAUAGACAGGAUUGCUAGAAGACCAACUCUUUUGCUGUAAAGUUCAAUUUUCACAUAUAUAUUGGGCAGUUUAAUGAGGACUGAUGUCCACAUGUUAGACUAAGCUGAGAAUUGGCCAUUGGAAACCACUUGUUACCUAUCUGUCGUUUUUUUACAUUCCAAAUUGAACUCUUACACCCUGUAUUUUUAGCAUCAUGCUGAGAGACCCUCCCCCAACCCCAUACCUAAAAUGAAAACCGUUGAUUUGGCUACUUUUUUUUAUAAGUGCUCUGUAGAAGGUGAGAUUUCUGUGGAUGGAGGUGGCGAAGAUGCAGAGCUUUCCGCAAUUUAAAUGGAAGGAAGGCAGAUGGAGCACAUGAACGAUUGUCAAUGAGUAUGCUUGAUUACCAUUUAAAAGGAAAUUGAAAAAUGCCUUUUUUAUUUCAUAUUUGUAGUGUAAUUUUGUUUAAUCCGAGAGUGAUUCUUGGGUCUUUUGUCUCAUGGCUAAAGUAUUGUAGAGGAAGUUUUGAAUGUUAAGCCAUUAAAAAAAAACCUAGAGUGUCACAAAAAUAACACUAACCUUUUGGGAUUGGAGUUAGCAGUGGCCGCUGGCUACUAACAUCAGUUUUUCAAAAUUGCUGUAAGCAACUGCAAGUCUGGACCUACAAUAUCUAUCUAUUUUUUAAGAAAAACAAUGUUCCAAAAUUUAAGAUUUAUUUUCUGAAAGUUGUCUCAUUACUGUGACAGCAACUCAAUUUACCUGCAUCUGAUUAUUUUGUGCAUAUUAUUCCUGUUUAAAAUGAUCUUUCAGAAAUUAUAGUGAGAAGGAUGUUAAGGUAUGAAAGAUUUGUACAUACUUAUCAUUAUGCAGUAUUUAUUUGAGACGAUAUAAUUUUUUUUAAAAGAUAUUUUUCACAUUAUGUCUGCAAAUCUGUUUAUGAUUUAGUCAUGACAACGGACCUAUUCCAGUAAAACACAGCUGUCUUGUACAUAGAUUUGAAGUAAAGGGACGCUGAUGUUAGAUUACUGGACAACUGGCCUGUAUGUGACAACAACUAAUGUAAAAGAAAUUCAUUUCUGGUGAUGGUAUUUAAC